AUUAACCAUGAAAGUGAAGAGAUUAAAAAAUGAAAUCAUUUGAGCUAAUAAUAAUUGAUUAAGAGCAUUAAUUUGAUCAAAAGAAGUACUACUUUCAACAUGAAUGAUCUUCAAUACGGAAGUUUUACCCAAAAUUAAAGCUAAUCUCUUGAGAUUCUCAUUAGUUUAAUCAUUCACCAAGUAAUAUGAACAACAGAAGAUUGGAUUAGCUAAAGUUAUGUUCAAACAAAAUUCAAUUUAAUUUCAAUUUAAGUUGCAUGAUAAUUUGAUUUUCAAGUGAAGAAGACAUCUUUAUCAAUGGAUUUCAGUAUAGUUUGUUUGUUGAUUAUAUUUCUGUUCACUUUGGAUGGUCAAUGUUUCAAAAAAUUUGGUUUCUUUGGAUCCAAAGGAUUACCACCAGCUACAGGAGACAGUCAAUGUACAUGUACUUGUCGUCCACAAGUUCAAACUCGAUAUGUAGCCAUUGAAGUGCCCAAAAUGGUUCCAUCUCAGCCUCCACCUGCACCUCCGCCACCACCACCACCACCGCCAACUCAGGCUCCGAUGCCUAAAAAGACUCAUAUAAUUUCAAUUCAGGAAGUUGAAAUCCCAAUUGUUAAACCAUCUCCACCAGAUUCUUGGGCUAUAUCAACACCUGCAACUCCACCAUCCUGGACAGAUAGACGAUGGGAUGAAGAGCUUAGUUAUCAUUCUGGUGAAUCCUUUGACUAUGGGAAGAUGUCUAAAUUUGGUGAUGGCUUGGCCUCUGUGUUUAAAGAUGAACAUGUUAAGUGAAUAGUAAAGGUAUUGUAUAACAAUAAUGCUGGACAUUUCAAUUUAUCUAAUUGCUUGAAAAAUCGAUGAAACAAUCAAUUUUGGCUCCGUUGUUUGUAUGGUAACACUAAUAACUUUAUGUAACUUGUAUUGAUUAUAUACUGUGAUAGCUGACAUGUACUUUGUCCAUCCUUCUUCGUUCCUUGAUGUCACCAAUCGAUCCAUUUCUGAUGACUCUAAAAACAAUUUGAAAUGAAUCAAUUUUCUCAUUUAAAUUAUUUUGACCAUUACAUCCAAUAUAUUAUUAAAGGUUUAAGAAUGAAAAUUUACCUGUGUU